CGACUUCAGUACAUGCCUCAUAGCUCCAGUCUCAAACUUAACCCCGUUCCUGAUGAUGAUGAAGAAGAGGUGGUCUGCCUGCUGGAUGGAGGAAGAAGCUCUCGUGGAAGAGGAGGCUGUUACAAUACAAAAACAAGUAGAGGUUGAGGCUGUUACCGUGAAAGACGAAGAGAAGGAGGUCUCAGUUAAAGAGGAAGACUCGUUCAGAGUCAAAGAGGACGGCGACGUUUCAGUGAAAGAAAAAGAGGAGGGGGAAGUGACUGUCACAUCGAAAAAUGAAGAAGAGGAGGAAACUGGAUGUCUGGGCCCGGUUUCCCAAACGCAUCUUAAGGCGUCCGAUUGUUCUAACGAUGAACCGGCCCUGAUUAACACUAGAGAGAGACCUGACUAUCGUGGAUCCUCUGGGGGGCCUCAACAACCUCAUGAUGGUGACAGGGCAGAGAAGAAUCUCUCCACAUCAAAACACAUCAAGAAAUACCAGCAGAGACCCACAGGGAAGAAAUCUCAUUGCUGCUCUGACUGUGGGAAAGGUUGCAAAUCUUCAUCAAAACUUAAAAUACACCAGAGAACACACACAGGAGAGAAGCCUUAUAGCUGUGAUCAAUGUGGGAGGAGUGUUAGUACAUCUAGUGGUCUGACAGUACACCAGAGAACACACACAGGAGAGAAACCUUAUAGCUGUGGUCAAUGUAGGAGGAGUUUUAGUACAUCUAGCGGUCUGACAUUACACAAGAGAAAACACACAGGGGAGAAACCUUAUAGCUGUGAUCAGUGUGGGAGGAGUUUUUUUCAAGCUAGCCAUCUGACUCAGCACCAGAGAAAACACACAGGAGAGAAACCUUAUAGCUGUGAUCAAUGUGGGAGGAGUUUUGUUCAAGCGAGCCAUCUGACUCAGCACCAGAGAACACAUACAGGGGAGAAGCCUUUUAUCUGUGAUCAAUGUGGGAGGAGUUUUACUACAUCUAGCGUUCUGACAGUACACCAGAGAACACACACAGGGGAGAAGCCUUAUAUCUGUGAUCAAUGUGGGAGGAGUUUUACUACAUCUAGCGUUCUGACAGUACACCAGAGAACACACACAGGAGAGAAGCCUUAUAGCUGUGAUCAAUGUGGGAUGAGUUUUACUCGAUCAAGCAAUCGGAUUCGACACCAGAGAACACACACAGGAGAGAAGCCUUAUAGCUGUGAUCAAUGUGAGAAGAGUUUUCCUACAUCUAACCAGCUGACUUCACACCAGAGAACACACACAGGAGAGAAGCCUUAUAGCUGUGAUCAAUGUGAGAAGAGAUACUCUGAUAAAAGAUGUCUGAUCAAACAUCAGAAAAUACAUACAUGAAGAAGUUGUUUCAUGAUA